AUGACGGCUUCCCAGAAGUUCUCCACGACUUUCCGGCGAAAUCCUUCGCUUGCUAAGACGUUGAUUGUUUUCGCCGUCAGCGGUGGGGGUCUUGUGGCAUUCGCUGAGGCUAAAUCAAACAACGGAAUAAAUGCUGUCAAUUCAACUGAGGCUGAUAACAAGAAGAAAAGAGUUGUGGUACUUGGAACUGGUUGGGCUGGAACUAGCUUCUUGAAGAACCUGAAGAACUCGUCUUAUGAUGUUCAGGUGAUAUCACCACGUAACUUUUUCACAUUCACCCCAUUACUGCCAAGCGUGACCUGCGGGACCGUAGAACCUCGCAGUAUUGUAGAGCCAAUACGCAACAUUGUGAGAAGAAAAAAUGUUGUUAUUCACUAUUGGGAAGCAGAGUGCUUCAAGAUUGAUGCAGAGAACAAGAAAGUUUACUGUCGAUCUAAUCUGGCUGGCAACGAAAAAGAAACCGAGGAGAUUAUUGUCGACUAUGACUACCUUGUGAUUGCCACUGGAGCCCGUGCCAAUACAUUUAACAUUCCUGGAGUGGCUGAAAAUUGCCAUUUCCUGAAGGAAAUAGAAGAUGCUCAGAGAAUCCGAAGGACAAUUGUUGAUUGUUUCGAGAGGGCCAGUUUGCCUAACCUAACUGAUGAAGAAAGAAAGAAAAUCCUCCACUUUGUUGUUGUCGGUGGAGGUCCUACCGGCGUGGAAUUUGCAGCAGAGCUUCAUGAUUAUGUGAAUGAAGAUUUGGUCAAGUUGUACCCCAAGGCCAAAGAGGCAAUCAAGAUUACUCUUCUUGAAGCUACUGACCAUAUUCUUAACAUGUUUGACAAAAGAAUUACGGCUUUUGCCGAGGAGAAAUUUCAGAGGGAUGGGAUCGAUGUUAAAACCGGGGCGAUGGUCGUCAAAGUAUCGGAAAAAGACAUAUCCACCAAAGAAUUGAAGAACGGCGGGGCCGUGUCCACUAUGCCAUAUGGAAUGGUUGUGUGGUCAACCGGAAUUGGAACUCGCCCUGUCAUAAUGGACUUUAUGAAGCAAAUUGGUCAGGGUAACAGACGCGUACUAGCGACAGAUGAGUGGCUGCGAGUAGAAGGAAGUGACAGCAUAUACGCACUCGGAGAUUGUGCCACUAUAAAUCAACGCAAAGUCAUGGAAGAUAUAUGUGCUAUAUUCAAUAAAGCCGAUAAAGACAGCUCCGGGACACUUACUGUAAGGGAGUUCCAAGAGGUGCUUGAUGACAUAUGUGAGAGGUAUCCACAAGUAGGACUUUAUUUAAAAAAUAAACGGAUGAGCAGUUUAGUUGAUCUGUUGAAAGAAUCCAAAGGAGAUGCUGUGAAAGAAUCUGUUGAAGUGAAUCUCGAGGAAUUCAAGUUGGCUCUUUCCCAGGUCGAUUCUCAAAUGAAGAACCUCCCGGCAACUGCCCAGGUUGCCGCACAGCAAGGCUCGUAUCUUGCCGACUGUUUCAACCGCAUGGAGGAGUGUGAGAAGAAUCCGGAAGGGCCCUUACGCUUCAGGGGUGAAGGACACCAUCGAUUUCGCCCUUUCAGGUACAAGCAUUUUGGACAAUUUGCUCCGUUGGGAGGAGAGCAGACAGCAGCCCAGCUUCCGGGAGAUUGGGUCUCGAUUGGCCACAGCACUCAGUGGCUUUGGUAUUCUGUGUAUGCCAGCAAGCUAGUGAGCUGGCGUACUAGGGCACUUGUGAUAUCCGACUGGGCAAGACGUUUCGUUUUUGGAAGGGACUCAAGUGGUAUUUAA